AGCGCCUGACAAGCAAGUCAUUCAUCAUCUCAUUCAUUGAUGUGAUGAUUGAAAAAAUAUCGCUACAGUACAAAACACUGUUUAUUAAUUUAUUCGUAGCAAUUUUGAAAUAGUUUGUGUUUACGUGGAUUUUUUUACCAUGGAAGAGUUUGUGGAAGUUAAUCAAAUAUCGGAUUUUAUCUCAUACCUCCGCAGUAUUGAAUGGCGCGACCCAUGGCUGAUGGCUCUCAUAUCAUUCCACAUCAUAAUAACGUUCACAUGUUUUUCGACGAGGAACUACGGAAACUUUCAAGUAAUCUUGUUCAUAAUAUUAUUGUUGCUAGUCUACUUUUCGGAGAAUAUCAAUGAGGUUGCUGCAAGGAACUGGGCCUUAUUUUCUAGACAGCAGUACUUCGAUAGUAAAGGCCUGUUCAUAUCGGUCGUGUUUUCCAUCCCGAUAUUGUUAAACUGUAUGAUAAUGGUGGGUUCGUGGCUGUACCAAUCAACGCAGAUCAUGACAAACUUAAAGAAGGCACAGCUCAGACAGCGCUUGAAAGAAAUGAACAUGAACCGCGAACUACAGCAGCAUCUUAAGGCAGAGUAAUCGGUCAAGUCAAUUAUGUAGGUAACGAAAAUAACAUAUUUUUGCUAGCAUUGACGAUAAACAAUGAAUCUAAUUUUAGGCAUACGACGCAGUGAUUUAUUUAUAAUUAAUUAAUGUUAAAAAGAAAAUUCGUAGGACAA